AGGUUACCAAAUGAGAAAAUUAAAUGAGCGCUUAACCGGAGGAUUGAUUGUGAAAAAUUUACUUCUCUUUGUUUUAUUGAUUGUCACCUAAUUGUUGAUUAUUUUCUUAAUUAUUUAAUAUUUUAAAUUCUAUUGAGUUGUUCAUUUUAACAUAAAAUGGAGGUCGAAGAACGAGUUAUCAAUGAAGAAUAUAAAAUCUGGAAGAAAAAUACUCCAUUUCUUUAUGAUCUUGUAAUGACACAUGCUUUGGAAUGGCCAAGUUUAACUGCUCAAUGGUUACCUGAUGUUACAAGGCCUGAAGGAAAAGAUUAUUCAAUUCACCGGUUGAUUCUUGGUACACAUACUUCCGAUGAACAGAAUCAUCUUUUGAUUGCCAGUGUUCAAUUACCAAAUGAAGAUACAAAUUUUGAUGCUUCUCAUUAUGAUAGUGAGAAAGGAGAGUUUGGUGGUUUUGGAUCUGUAAGCGGUAAAAUUGAAAUAGAAAUUAAAAUAAAUCAUGAAGGAGAGGUUAAUAGAGCUCGAUUCAUGCCUCAAAAUCCAUGUAUCAUUGCGACAAAAACACCAUCGAGUGAUGUCUUAGUCUUUGAUUAUACUAAACAUCCAUCUAGACCUGAUGCCAACACUGAAUGUUCACCAGACUUGAGGUUGAAAGGUCAUCAAAAGGAAGGUUAUGGCUUAUCAUGGAAUCCACAUGUAAAUGGACAUUUACUAAGUGCUUCUGAUGACCAUACAACUUGUCUCUGGGACAUUAACCAUCCACCUCGAGAAGCUAAAAAUGUCUAUGCUAAGACAGUAUUCACUGGACAUACAGCGGUUGUCGAAGAUGUUGCAUGGCACUUGUUACAUGAUAGUCUAUUUGGCUCAGUUGCUGAUGAUCAAAAACUAAUGAUUUGGGAUACAAGAAGUAACAAUACUUCAAAGCCAAAUCAUAUUGUCGAUGCUCAUGCUGCUGAGGUUAACUGUUUAUCCUUUAAUCCUUACAGUGAAUUUAUUUUAGCCACUGGGUCAGCUGAUAAGACUGUCGCUCUUUGGGACUUACGUAAUUUGAAAUUAAAAUUACACACAUUUGAAUCACAUAAAGAUGAAAUUUUCCAAGUUCAAUGGUCACCACAUAAUGAGACAAUUUUAGCAUCAUCAGGAACAGAUAGAAGACUUCAUGUAUGGGAUCUUAGUAAAAUAGGAGAGGAACAAUCAGCCGAAGAUGCAGAAGAUGGUCCACCAGAAUUACUGUUCAUUCAUGGAGGACACACAGCUAAGAUUUCAGAUUUCUCAUGGAAUCCAAAUGAACCUUGGGUUAUAUGUUCAGUCUCGGAAGAUAAUAUCAUGCAAGUUUGGCAAAUGGCGGAAAAUAUUUACAAUGAUGAGGAGCCAGAGACUCCAGCCUCAGAACUCGAACCCACCGGCCUAUGAAUUCCCACAAACGGACACACAGUAACCCUACGCAACAAGUUAACUCACAAUAUAAAAACUUCGUUAUACAUAAGGAUCAAUUUUCUCACCCACCACAACUCACUAAGGAACACGAAGGAUCACCAUUUUAAUCACAUCAAAUAUAUUCAGUAAAAUCUUCAUUUUCGGUUGAAACAAAAGUCAUACGAAAGUCCAUCCAUAUCCUUAUGAGUCCUCCAGAACAAAACUAAACAACCAAUCAUAUUUCAUUUUUGUAUUUCUCCUCUUCUUCAAAUUUAUCCCCAACCUUAAAUCUUAACAAUGGAUCCGAUAAUAAAAUUACUUUCCAUAUGGUUUACCAAUAA